UUAGCAAGACUAAAUGUCAAGCUUGUUCUCUCAUUUUAUUAAUGAUCUCCAUGUCAAUAAUUUCUUUGCUAUUAUUGUUAUAAAGAUCUAGAAGUGUAUUUAAGCUGCUUGAGAUGACCAGAAAUCAGUUUAUUUUCUAUGUAAACUAUGUGAAAUUAAAUCUGAUAAAUUUACCCCAGAACAAAAGCAACGCCUCACUAAGUGGAAGAUGAGUGAAUAGAGCUAAACACACUAGCAUUUCUCAAUAUUCCCUUAUAUUUUGAUUGAGUAGGAACAGGAGGUCUCUGGUGUCCAACCAUUCCAAGAGUUUUGGAUCAGAAAUUACUAUUUGUGAGACGAUUAGCUUCACUUGAGACUUCUUUAUUCAAGCUAAUUUGCCCUUGUUGUUAUAAUCUGGCAAUAUUUAUCCUAUUUCUAAAGCUAAAGUAGGAGCCAGAAUACCCUAAUCUUGCUCUUACAUCUCUAAGGAGUCGAUUUUGUUUUGAGAAAGGAAGAGCCUAAUGCGGACUGACAGAGAGAGCACACUUCUUUUAUGAAAGCCCAAAAGGGCCCAAUCUUAUCUAUUUUUGUCAGAAUAGCAAUUUUGGAGAAAGUUUGAAGGCUUAUAACUUCCAACUCAGAAGCACUGUGGCCUUGGAAAAUGUUAUGAGCAGAGUUAAGCUUUCAGGCUGCUUAAAGUAGAGGUAAAGCUCCCAAGUUGUUUCUCUAGCCUUUUAAUAUUACGUUAUUGGAAAUUCACAGGCGACAUUGGGUUGAUUUAUCAAUGGUUAA